ACGUCUUCUGAAAGACAAUUAACUCACCAGUUUUCUUGAGCACCUUUUUAGUUUUACUGAGAAGUAUUUUAAAUUGAGCUUUCUGAGCUCGAUUACUUAUGUCUGACACAGUCUCAAGUUUCCAGUGAAUGGUAACAAAGACUGUGGAGUGUUGUUGGUACUGCAGUGAGAGGCAUGCUUCUUUAGACCAGGUAACAUUUCAUUUGUUGCAUACCCAGUUUCCAGCACCAACUCACCAACGAAGAUUUUACCAAAAACCUUAGGACCAAUAAAUGUGAAUGUUGGACCCCAAAUGAUUAUAAGCACACCCCAGAGACUAGCCAGUUCCGGAAGUGUUCUGAUCGGGAGCCCGUACACCCCUGCACCGGCCAUGGUCACGCAGACGCACAUAGCAGAAGCCACGGGCUGGGUCCCGAGUGAUAGAAAACGGGCUAGAGAAUUUAUAGACUCUGAUUUUUCAGAAAGUAAACGAAGCAAAAAAGGAGAUAAAAAUGGAAAAGGCUUGAGACAUUUUUCAAUGAAAGUGUGUGAGAAAGUUCAGCGGAAAGGUACAACAUCCUAUAAUGAAGUGGCUGAUGAGCUGGUAUCAGAGUUCACCAAUUCAAACAACCAUUUGUCAGCUGAUUCGGCUUAUGACCAAAAGAACAUUAGGCGAAGAGUUUAUGAUGCUUUAAAUGUGCUAAUGGCAAUGAACAUCAUUUCAAAGGAAAAAAAAGAAAUCAAGUGGAUUGGCCUGCCUACCAAUUCUGCUCAGGAGUGUCAAAACCUGGAGAUAGAGAAGCAGAGGCGGAUAGAACGGAUAAAGCAGAAGCGGGCCCAGCUGCAAGAACUUCUCCUGCAGCAAAUCGCUUUCAAAAACCUGGUGCAGAGGAAUCGGCAAAAUGAACAGCAGAACCAGGGCCCUCCAGCUCUGAACUCCACCAUUCAGCUGCCGUUUAUCAUCAUCAACACGAGCAGGAAGACAGUCAUAGACUGCAGCAUCUCCAGUGACAAGUUUGAGUACCUUUUCAAUUUUGACAAUGCCUUUGAGAUCCACGACGACAUCGAAGUUCUGAAGCGGAUGGGGAUGUCCUUCGGCCUAGAGUCAGGCAAGUGCUCCCUGGAGGACCUGAAGCUGGCAAAGUCGCUGGUGCCGAAGGCGCUAGAAGGCUACAUCACAGAUAUCUCCACAGGACCUUCUUGGUUAAAUCAGGGACUAUUGUUGAACUCGACCCAGUCAGUUUCGAACUUAGACCCGACCACUGGGGCCCCCUUGUCCCAGUCAAGUGUAAACCAGGGCUUGUGCUUGGAUGCGGAAGUGGCCUUAGCAACCGGGCAGCUCCUCGCCCCCAACAGCCACCAGUCCAGCAGUGCGGCCUCCCACUGCUCCGAGUCCCGAGGCGAGACGCCCUGCUCGUUCAACGAUGACGACGAGGAAGAAGAGGAGGACGACUCCUCCUCCCCGGAAUAAAGACAGGACGAAACCCACAUUUCAAUGUUUGAUGCUCAUGUGUGUUUGUAGUGCGAGCUCUUGUUUUGAAAUGAUUGCUUCAGCCCUUGCCUCUGUCUGCACUGCGUCCGGUGACAACUAGGGAAACACAACCAGCGACUCACGUGCAGGCUGACCCGACUGAGAUGACAGUUACCACAGUGUGAGCGACCACCGCGCACCGCCGCGCGGUCGGCCACCUCUCCGACACCGCGAGCUUUCCAGGGUGUCCUUGGGGACAGUCCCGGGAGAACUGGGCAGCAUGAAUGAAGCCCAUUUGUCUCCCAUGAGGUGGGUUCUGCCCGUGCCCCAGUCCCACGCGACCCUCCUCCUCCCCCUUACAAGGCACAGUGAGCGCGGAAAACUCCUGCGGGGCUGAGCUGUGCGGUGGCGGUGCGGGUAGCGACCCUGUGUCCUGGGCGCGCAGGUGGAACUGCUGAACUAGGGGAAAGUCUAGUUGAGGUGCUUCACGCAUCGGCUGCCUUAGAUGGCUUCUAGAGAGGAGCGAGCGCUAAUUCUUAAGUACUUAAGUGACACUUAGAAUAAUUUAUAGUGAAACCGAAAUGAUCAUUAUUAGCCAAUGCAUUGGUGCAUAGAAUUUUUUAGGGCUACUUCUGGAAGCCAAAAUAGAAUAGCAUUUCCACGUGCAUUAAAUACUUUGCCAGCACUGCCUUUUGCCAGCAUUCUAAAUCUGGAGUUUUACCAAGAAGGAAAUUGUAUCUAUAGUUUGAAUCAAAGCUAUGCAUUUCAUACAGCGUUUUCAUUUAAAACAAAGAAACAAAUUCCUUUGACUGAAUUGCUUGCUUACAGUUCCCUGCAGUAACUGAUUUCACCCAGUGUGCAGUUGCUGAAAAUGAACCAAAUGUCAUUACUUUUAAAAGAAAAAUCUAUUUCCAGAACAUGAAUAGCAAUGUUUUCCUAUACAUGUCACCUUUUAUACAUUUUUACUCAUCAAAAUGACCUUACUGAGUUUAUGCCUGGGUGAACUGCGUUGUGGACUGACCUGAUGUAGGGUUUCACAGAAACCACCAAUCAGCAGUGAGCUCUCCAGACGGCCGUCACAGCAGUGCGGUAGCUGGCGUGUUGUUUCACAGCCAAAGACGCCACCGGGGACACUGCGCUGGUGUGUUCACAGCGACCGCUCCUCUGAACUGGGCAGUGUGGAAACAUCUGCCACGGUGGCCACAUCCCAACAUAACUUCACACUGAGGCCUUGAAAAGGAGUGAAUAAGAAGGGAAAAUGACUCUACAUCUUUGCCUGGAGCCAUUUGUAUUUGGCCCUAGUUUAUGCAUCUAGCACCGGAGGGCCCAGCGCCGAGCUCAGCCCAAAUCAGCCCUUCUCUAGCCCCCACGGGUGUGCAGAUGCCUCGUGCUGCCUUCCCACAGCUCUGCCCCUGUGCUCUUCGCAACUCGGUGGUGAUGGACCGGCUGACCUCCGGGUUUGCAUAAGCCGUAGAAACGAAUACACAAAAAUAUACGACUUUGACUUAAGUUUCUUUGAGACUAAACUCAUUCCGUCAGAAAUAAGCUACUGCGCAGGCUCAGUGUUCGAGGGGGUAGAGAGAGAGGCGGGGUUUGGAGAAUACUGUCUUAGGCCAGGCGGUGGAGCCUGAGACUGCAAAGGCCGCAGCAGGUCCACGUGGGCCUCUGGGAACCACAGGCUGGGAGGUUGCCAGCUGCGGGCAGGUCAAACCCGGCUUCCUUCUCAGCCGUCCUGUAAAAGGCUGCCUCCUCCUUUACUAAGCCCUGCCUUUCUCAUCUCUGUACUUGCAGAGGCACCUGGAGAGGCCAAGAGCCACCACAGCUAGCCUUUUAGUCUUCAAAGUCCUGUGCUACAGUGUCCAUCAACGUCCAUGACAGGUGUAUCAGUCCUAACCUGUGCCCCACCAAACAGCGAACUCCUUGCUAGAGUGUUUGGGAAACUGCUCUCUUUCUCCUCUCCUCUCCUGCUACUGCUGCUAUAGUGUUAAAUUGAUAAAAUAUAGGUUUAAAAGAAAAAGCAACCAGACUCAUUAUUGCCGGUGCCCCAUCACUGGCCAUCCGAGCCCUAGGUAUGGGGUUGGGCCAGAAGUGGCCUCUGCCCUCAGCGAGGUGUUGGGUUGCUGCCUCGGACUUCUGACGGAGUCCCCAUGGUCAUCAGCACUUGCCACUGGUU